ACUAACGCCUGACUUCUUAUAAAUAAUCGUAUAACAAUAAAACCAAGACCACACCCACUGGAUAAUAAACAACAUGAAACUCCUCCCCUGGUUGAUGACCUGAACACGCCACCUAUAGGCCAAAAUCUGUCCUUCCUGUGUCCUUCCUGCAGUGCUCUAGGAGAAGUGGCCUGACUCACCACCUCAACCAAUGCUCUAGAAUAGGAGCCCAGUCUCACCAGUGGGUCACUACCUCAACCUUUGGAACCAUCGCUUGAGAAGGAGAGACGCUCACUCUUUAAACUGUCACUCUCUCUUCGUAUUCAGAAGGAUCUGUCGUAACGUUACUGGUUUUCAGGUCAUCUUUCAUUUGGAGUAAAUUAACAUGAAAUAGCUUCAUGUUAAUUGUGGGACAUCUAAUAAAGUAGCUAAUAACAGACGUCUAGGUGUGUUAUUAAUAUAUGUCAGCCCAGGUGAAGAGCCCAGUUACUAGCUCAUGGUUGAGCCAACUUCAGUUUAUUAGCUAGAGUAGCUAACAGUUCUCUUCUGAAUGUGAUGUUUAUAUAUUUGUGUUUCACUGUUCCUUGUUGAAUUGUCUCUCUACUCCCACAUCCUGGAUGUUGUAGUUUCACUCUUAAAAACACAACAGCGUCAUUUUGGAUCCUUCUUGUGCGGCAGCCAUCUUAGGUUGUAUUUUUUCGUAGCCACCUCCUUCAAUGACACGCCCUUUUGUGAUGUCCCCGUCUCAAAACAUCUUGUAGGAGUGAGGAGACUGACAUCACAAGAGGGCGUGUUUUUGGCACCUCUUGAUGCCAACAAAACCGUUCCUAACGAGAGAAGAUAUGUGUUGUGCAAAUGAGUUUGGUUGCCAGUGACGAGAAGGCCUCACCAGGAAAUAGCUGCUGCUGGAACCGCCCUAAUGACCGACUGUAUGGACACCAUGAAACACAUCUUCAUCAGGGAGAAACCGACUCCACCCUUAAGAUACAGAAGAGCAAAUUUGAAUUAGAGUGGAAAACAUCGACUUGGAACCCUUUUGGACUAUUGAUUACGUUAUUUAAUACAUUCAGCUAUCAUAAUAAUAAUUAUGAUAAUUUAACAUCAUCAUACAUUCAAUUAUGACAUUUAUCUUUUAUGGUUUUUCAUUUCUUUCUCUUAAUAUUGAACUGAAACGGUGAAGAGGCUGAGAUCUAAAUCGGUAUAAACCUGUACUGUUUUAAACUUCUGUGUUUGAAAUGCUUUUCCAAUGAAAGAAAAUGUGUGAUUGUCAGCUCACGUCUCGCUGUGUUUGAGCUUCAACAGAGUGAGGUUAUGAAUGGAGGCGCGGCCGCCACAGGUUUGGUAUGAGGAAGAAAACGUGUGGUGAGGAUUUGAUCUUUGUGAGAUUGUACUGAUCACCAGAAACAAAGGAGAGGCCUUCUCUAGGUCAUGUUUCUAUUCUCUAUAUUAUCUACAUUUCUCUCUUAAUGGAAAUCAUGGGAAUCCUUUACAUUAAGGGUGUAUUGAUUAACCAUCAAUUAACAAUAGUUCAUGCUAACCAAGGUAUUAACUAAGGUAUAAAUGUUUAUAUUAUCAAUAGGGUUAGGGUUCAAAAGGGUAAACCCAAACCCUAACCCACCAACCCUAACCCCAUGCAAAUGCUAUAUAAUAAUGGUUAGAACUGCAUUUACUAAUGUUAAUUAAUAGUAACUAUACCAUUAGUUAAAUAUUAGUAAUUUGUUAGUUAAUGCUAAUAACUGCAUUCACUACCAUAUAUUAAAUAACCAUUACUUAAAACUACAGAGUAAUGAAGUAGUUAUUCUUUAUCACUGAGUGAAGUCACGGAACAGCAGCCUUUAACAGGAGUUUAAACUGUGAGGGGAACUGGACCAACUGGUUGGUUCACAAUAUCAUACUUGCCUUGUUGUUGUGUCGGACGGUUUGGUGCUGAGCUCUUCAUCACAGCAGGGAGAAGACAAGGUCUCCAGUCUACUAUGGAUGAGGAGAGAGAGGAGGGGGGUCCUACCUCUAAGUCCACUCUGUCUGGGGAGCAUGGUCACCAGAGCAAAGCUGAGAGAGUCCAGCAGCAGACAGCAGACUCCCCUGGACCCAGCCUUGUCUCCAUGAAGAGUGACAGCUCUACGACGCAACCAAUUAGGUUUAAAGAUGGGAAUCAGAAUACUGACCAGCGGUGUCUCCAUCAGGAGAGAGCAGACUCCCCUGGACCCAGCUGUGUCUCCAUGAAGACUGACUGCUCUAUGGGUCAACCUCCUGAACCAAAAGAUGGCCACAGCUCAGAAGAGGAGAGCCUAGAACAGCAGGAGAGAGCAGACUCCCCUGGACCCAGCUGUGUCUCCAUGAGUAGCGACUGGUCUAUGGAACAACCUGCUUGGUUUGGAGAAGGAAAUCAGCCUACUGAGACAAGACAAGAGGGGAGGUCGAAGGUUCCCAGUGGUCCGUCUGUACAGCAGCAGCAACACAUAAAGUUUCUGUUCCAGAGGAUCAAGGAGAACAUACACUAUUUUCUAGACAAGGAGGUGGAGAAGCUCUGGAGGGUUCUCUCCCCAGAUUACCCACAAUGCUCAGAGAGCCAGUUGGAGGAGGAGGAGGUGGAUGGUGAGGAAGAGGAGCAGAGGAGACGUGCCACAGAGGGAGUGCUGGACAUCACACUGCUCUGUAUGAAGCAGUUGAAGCAGGAGGGGCUGGCCGACUCACUGCGGAGCAAAAUUAUUGCUAAUGAGUGCCAAGAUAAAAUCAAGUCUCAUCUGAAGGAGAAGACCAUGUUUGGGUUUGAGGGAAUCGCUAAAGCAGGAGAGUCAAGACCUCUGAAUGAGAUCUACACAGAGCUCUACAUCAAUGAGGGAGGCAGCGGAGAGGUCAACAAGGAACAUGAGGUCAGACAGAUUGAAACCACUUCCAGGAAACCAGCCAGGGAGGAAACACCAAUCAAAUGUCAAGACAUCUUUAAACCCAUAUCUGGAAAGAAAAUCAGGACAAUAAUGACAACUGGAGUGGCCGGCAUUGGUAAAACCAUCUUAACACACAAGUUCACUCUGGACUGGGCUGAAGGCAAAACCAACCAUGAUAUACACUUCACAUUUCCCAUUACUUUCAGAGAGCUGAAUUUACUGAAAGAUAAAAAGUUUAGCUUGGUGGAACUUCUUCAUCACUUCUUUAUUGAGUGCAAAAUAGCAAGAAUCUGCAGCUACGACCAGUUCCAAGUUGUUUUCAUCUUGGAUGGUCUGGAUGAGUGUCGACUUCCUCUGGACUUCCAGAACAACCUGAUCUGUACUGAUGUCACAGAGUCCAGCUUGGUAGGCGUGCUGCUGACAAACCUCAUCAAGGGCAACCUUCUUCCCUCCGCUCGCAUCUGGAUAACCACCCGCCCUGCGGCAGCCAAUCAGAUCCCAGCUGAGUGUGUUGACAUGUUGACUGAGGUGAGAGGGUUCACCGACCCACAGAAGGAGGAGUACUUCAGGAAGAGAUUCAAGGACAGGAAGUUGGCCAGCAAAAUCUUCUCCCACGUCAAGACAUCACGAAGCCUACACAUCAUGUGUCACAUCCCACUCUUCUGUUGGAUCACUACCACAGUUUUGGAGGAUUUCUUCAAAACAUCCCAAGUUGAAGAAGAGGGGCCAAAGACCAUGACUCAGAUGUACAGCCACUUCCUGAGGGUUCAGUCCAUCCAGGGGGACAGGAAGUAUCAUGGGAGAGCUGAAACAGAUUCACAAUGGAGUUCAGAGAGCAGGGAGAUCAUUGUUUCACUCGGAAAACUGGCUUUUAACCAGCUGGAGAAAGGGAACCUGAUCUUUUAUGAGGCAGACCUGGCAGAGUGUGACAUCGAUAUCACAGCAGCCUCAGAGUACACAGGAGUGUUCACCCAGAUCUUUAAAGAGGAGUAUGGGCUGUAUCAGGGCAAUGUGUUCUGCUUUGUCCAUCUGAGCAUCCAGGAGUUUCUUGCCGCCCUUUAUGUCUUCCUGACUUUCAUCGAGACUGGUGUUAAUCUGCUCUCAAAAGAAAAAAUAACCUGGUGGUCUUAUUUUUUUAGAAAUAAAUUUGAUCUCUUCUACCAGAGGGCAGUGGACAAGGCCUUAAAGAGUGAGAAUGGACAUCUGGACUUGUUCCUCCGCUUCCUCCUGGGGUUCUCUCUGGAGACCAAUCAAAUUAUCCUACAAGGCCUGCUCGGACAGACAGGAAGUAGCUCACAGACCAAUCAGAAUACAGUGUCGUACAUCAAGAAGAGGAUAAGUGGAGAUCUCUCUCCAGAGCGAAGCAUAAAUCUGUUCUACUGUCUGAAUGAGCUGAACGACCAUUCUCUAGUGGAGGAGAUCCAACUUUCCCUGACAUCAGGAAGACUCUCCAAAGAAUCUCUCUCCCCUGCUCAGUGGUCAGCUGUGGUCUUCAUCAUGCUGUCAUCAGAAGAGGAGCUGGACGUGUUUGACCUAAAGAAAUACUCUGCCUCAGAGGAGGGUCUUCUGAGGCUGCUGCCAGUGGUCAAAGCCUCCAAAACAUCUCUGCUGAAUGGCUGUCAUCUGUCAGAGAGAUGCUGUAAAGCUCUGGCCUCAGUUCUCAGCUCUAACUCCUCUAGUCUGAGAGAGCUGGACCUGAGUACCAAUGAUCUGAAGGAUUCAGGAGUGAAUCUGCUCUCUGCUGGACUGAGGAGUGCACAAUGUACACUGGAAACUCUCAGGUUGUCUGGUUGCCUGGUCACACAGCAAGGCUUUGAUUCUCUGGCCAAAGCUCUGCACUCCAACCCCUCCCAUCUGAGAGAGCUGGACCUGAGCUACAAUCACCCAGGAGCCUCAGGAGCUGAACUGCUCUCUGCUGGACUGAAGGAUCCACUCUGGAGACUGGACACUCUCAGUGUGGAGCACGGUGGAGUGGGGAGGCUGAAACCAGCUCUAAAGAAGUAUGCCUGUGAUCUCACACUGAAUCCAAACACAGCCCACCAACAACUCUCUCUGUCUGAGGACGAGAGAAAAGUAACAUUGGUUGCAGAGAAGCAGGCACAUCCACAUCACCCAACGAGAUUUGAAUCCCAUGUCCAGGUGUUGGGUAGAGAGAAUCUUUCUGGCCGCUGUUAUUGGGAGGUAGAGAGGAAAGGAAGUGUUUCUAUAGGAGUUUCAUACAAAGGAAUCACAAGGAGAGGAAACAAAGUUGACAGCUGGCUUGGAGGGAACUAUAAGUCCUGGUUUCUUGAUUGUGAUGAUGAAAGUUACAAUGCCUGGCACAAUGAUAUUUGUAAAAAAAUACAACUCCCCCCCCCUGGCUCUAACAGAGUAGGAGUGUAUCUGGACCGGCCUGCUGGCACUCUGUCCUUCUACAGAGUGUCCCUAGGUGGAGGAGGGUCCUCAGACACACUGACACACAUCCACACCUUCCAGUCCACCUUCACCCAGGAGGUCCUCCACCCUGGGUUCAGGCUUUGGAGUUUUGGUUCCUCAGGGUCUCUUUGUCAGUUGUAG